GGAAGGGCUGUGAAAUGUCGUGAGGAGCGCCGCUGCUUUACGGCUGCCUGUCUCCGACGCGAGCCCGGGAGCGCCCACCGCCGUCAGCCCUGUCCAGCCGGGAGUUCGCCCGGCGGAGAGUGCGGGGUCCGGCGCCGCUGCCCUGCCCGCUGCGUCCGUGCUGGUCCCCGGCGAUGUGAGCACGAGGAGGCUGCAGUGCCGCCUGGCCCGGGCUGAGACGGGCGGCAGGUGUCUGCGAGGCGGGCGGGGGCCGCAGGGGCCAGCAGGAUGGAAGAGAGCAUGGAAGAGGAGGAGAGCAGCUACGAGGCGAUGAUGGACGAUCAGAACCACAACAACUGGGAGGCCGCGGUGCACAGCUUCCGGCCGCCCCCGCCGACCAUCCCGGCGCCUGUCCGAGAGCCCCCGGGAGGGCAGCUGCUGGCGGUGCCCGCCGCGGCCGGAGAGCGGAAAGGCCACAAGGAAGGACUGUCGAUGGGGCCGCCGCCGCCGCCGGAGACCAAUGGGGUGAUCAUGAUGUUGAAGAGCUGCGACGGGGCCGGCGCUGUGGCCAAGGCGGCCCCCGCCCCCACCCCCAGCUCCACCAUCAACAUCAACACCUCCACUUCUAAGUUCUUAAUGAAUGUUAUAACUAUUGAAGAUUAUAAGAGCACAUACUGGCCAAAAUUGGAUGGUGCCAUAGAUCAGCUUUUAACCCAGAGUCCUGGUGACUACAUCCCUAUAUCCUAUGAACAGAUAUACAGUUGCGUGUAUAAGUGUGUAUGCCAGCAGCAUUCGGAGCAGAUGUACAGUGAUCUCAUUAAAAAAAUAACCAGUCACUUAGAGAGAGUCUCGAAGGAGCUGCAGGCCAGCCCUCCUGACCUUUAUAUUGAAAGAUUUAAUGGAGCUCUCGGACAGUAUAUGGGAGCAUUGCAGAGCAUUGUGCCUCUUUUCAUAUAUAUGAAUAAAUUUUACAUCGAAACCAAGCUAAACAGAGACUUAAAAGAUGACCUUAUAAAGCUGUUUACGGAACAUGUUGCAGAAAAGCACAUCUACAGCCUAAUGCCUUUACUUUUGGAAGCCCAGUCAACACCGUUUCAGGUCACGCCUUCGACUAUGGCAAACAUUGUGAAAGGCCUCUAUACCCUCCGACCAGAAUGGGUUCAGAUGGCACCAACUCUGUUUUCUAAAUUUAUUCCAAACAUUCUCCCUCCGGCGGUGGAAUCUGAACUGUCUGAAUACGCUGCUCAAGAUCAGAAACUUCAAAGAGAACUUAUACAGAACGGUUUUAUGAGAGGUGACCAGUCCCGGAAGAGAGCUGGGGAUGAGUUGGCUUAUAACAGCUCGUCGGCAUGCGCAGGCUCGCGAGGCUACAGAUAGUGAAGGCCUUGACUGCCCUUUGGUUCCUGCAGAGAGGACACACUGGAGCACAGAGACCAUUGAGCGCAGUGGGCGGGCGGCCAGCGGCCACGCAGCAGGCUCCGCCACAGAGCUCUUCUUGGGAGAAGAUGUUGGGCUUCUGACUUCGGUUUGUAAUUUUAAAA